AUGAUUUGGGCAAAUCUUUUUCUACUGCUGUUCGUCUCAGUCGCCUCAGCUGAUGAGUUGAUUUCGGCUCGAUGUCAAUCGAAAUGUCUUCAGGAUCUUGAAGUCAAUUACAAGAGCGAUCAGGAGCAACGACGGAACUUGAAGCAUCAUAUCAUCCAGAUUUGCAAAGAUGACGCCAACUGCUCAGCAUGCACUGAACCAUGCCGGGAAACUUUCACCGAUGCAUAUUCAUGCAAGGAGAGCGCUUGCAAGGACACCAUGGACAAUAUUGCAUGCGAAAAAUCCUGUGACUACCUUCACAGAAUCUACACGGAGAAACCUGGAGUUUGUCCAAAAGUUAAAAACCAAUCCAAUUAUGAAUGCUCAGCUCUUUGUCAUUUGGAUGGAGAUUGUCCUGAAACUGCCAAAUGUUGUUCCUACGGUUGUAACAGACAAUGUGCACUUCCGAGAGGUCGAGAUCCACGGCUAUUGCCUAUUCCGGGGUCAAUUUCUGUGCAAGAGAGGAAAAGGAAACGGUCGAUAAUAAUCCGUUGGGUAAUGCAGAAGUUGACUCGUGAACAGAACACAGCAAAUUCGAAUCUCUACGUGGUGCAAUGGCGUUGGGGUUUGCAUUCCGAGGGCGAAAGCAUGACUGAAUGGCAGACUGUCACUGUGAGGAACAAGCCGUAUGCUAUCCUGAAGCAUCUGUUAUCGCCUGGAAGAUACUACCAAUUCCGUGUUGGUGCUGUCAGUGUCCAUGGAAGUCUUGGAUUCAGCCAACCGUCACAACCGUUUAAAUUGUCUAAAGAAGCUCGUGCUCCGUCGUCACCACGUGAUAUUUCACUUGGAGCAUCUAAGCUCACUCCUAUCGGCCUGUGGAAUCAAAUCGUGCAAUGGACUCCGCCACCAAGUGACCUGCCGAUUAAGAACUACCAGUUAUCGUGGGCUGUGUCAUCCUCCGCUGAAGCGAACGCUUUCGAAGAGAUGAUGCGUCGUCGCGCUACACUUACUACUCAUGACAAACGGAGUCUUGAAGAGGAAGAGGACGCAUGGGGCAUCGACGGGCGAGACAGACAUUCAGUCAUCUUACCCAGUCAUAGCACCCAGUCAGAACUUUCUGGAUUAUUCCCCAACUCUGUCUACAUUGUUGAGAUACAUGCUUCAGUAGACUCUACCGAAGGUGAACUUCAUGGUGAAAAAGGGAUUAUAUUUGUGCGAACCAUGAACGCCACAAUGUCAGAAAUUGCGAAAGAAGCUCCCAUAGAUGAAACGGGUUUCGACCUCAUCAUACCAACAACCUCAGAUGAAGAUGACGUAACCAACGACGACAAUAACAUCGAUGUUCAGACACCAUUCUUUGAUGGAGAAUUGCAGACAACAGCGAACUGGAUCAACUCAAGAGUUUGUUCUCCUGAAAAGAAAACAUUCAUAGUGAAGGCGAAGCGUGGCACAUGCAGAGAGUACCAACUAAAUCAGCAUUCGGACACAACGAUCCAUGAAGUUCGUGUCAACGAAUGUUCCGCAGUAGUGCGGGGACUCACUUUUGACUGCGACUACUCGUUAGAGAUCGCUGAGGAGGGAGAUGAUAAGGCGAUUAUCUCAACUACCUUCUCGACGAAAUCAUGCGAUGCUACAACUGCUCACGGUCCCCUUCCCUGUUUAUCGUUAGUCACUCCUGUUUUCUGCAUUGUACAUGCUACAGUAUCCUGUCACUGGGUACGUGAUGGCGGACUAAGCACAGAAACCGUGAUCGGUUAUCGCACAUCGUUGUCAUCCUUGGUUCGUGACGAGAUGAAUAUAACGAUUUUACCGCCGCAAGUGAGAGAGAUUCAUUAUGAAAAUCUCCUUCCGUCUACUACGUAUACGCUUCAAAUCCAGCCGAUCACAAAUCGAGGAAUGGGCAAAGCGCUGACCACAAACUUCGUCACGCACGCCAAAAUCCUUGACGAAAACAUAAUCGAACGGUUCCCAGGCGGUGAAAUCAUUGAACUUCCUCUGGAAGCCUCUUCAAUCUCAUUAUUACCAUUUUCUGUAUUUUUCCUAUUAAUUGUACCAGUCGCCUUGUUGUGA